AAAUUUAGUUGCUCCAACUUGCGUCAGACAGCAUGGCAGGAGAAGAAGAGGAACCGACAAAAUCCCUUCAGCCCCACUUAUCGAAACAGGAUAUAAAAACUCUGAAUAUAGACAGAUUGACCCCCCUCACCCCAGAAGUCAUUAGCAGACAGGCAACUAUCAACAUUGGUACAAUUGGCCAUGUAGCUCAUGGAAAAUCUACAGUGGUCAAAGCUAUCUCAGGGGUUCAGACUGUCAGAUUUAAGAACGAACUUGUUAGAAACAUCACCAUCAAAUUAGGAUAUGCCAAUGCAAAGAUAUAUAAAUGUAAUAACGAUGCCUGCCCCCGUCCCGGCUGCUAUAGAUCCUGUGGAAGCUCUAAAGAGGACAAUUUCCCGUGUGACAGAGCAGGAUGUACAGGAAGAUUCCAGGUCCAGAGACAUGUAUCAUUUGUGGACUGUCCUGGACACGACAUUCUUAUGGCUACCAUGUUAAACGGAGCAGCUGUGAUGGAUGCAGCAUUACUAUUAAUAGCUGGCAAUGAAUCUUGUCCUCAGCCCCAGACCUCUGAACACCUGGCUGCCGUGGAGAUUAUGAAGCUGAAACACAUCCUGAUCCUACAGAACAAGAUCGACCUGGUCAAGGAAAGCCAGGCCAAGGAGCAGUAUGAACAGAUCCUCGCAUUUGUCAAAGGAACGAUUGCUGAAGGUGCCCCUAUCAUCCCAAUCUCAGCCCAGCUUAAGUACAACAUAGAUGUCAUUUGUGAAUACAUCAUUAAAAAGAUCCCAGUGCCUCUCAGGGAUUUCACAUCAGAACCCAGACUUAUUGUAAUUAGAUCUUUUGAUGUCAACAAACCAGGAAGUGAGGUUGAUGACCUAAAAGGGGGCGUGGCAGGAGGAAGUAUUCUAAAGGGUGUUCUAAAAGUUGGACAAGAGAUAGAAGUGAGGCCGGGCAUCGUGGCUAAGGAUCAGGACGGGAAGUGGGCGUGUAAGCCCAUCAGAUCUCGGAUCCUCUCCCUACUAGCAGAACAGAAUGAUCUACAAUACGCAGUGCCAGGGGGUCUUAUUGGUGUUGGUACUAAGAUUGACCCGAUGUUAUGUAGGGCGGACAGAAUGGUGGGUCAGGUCCUGGGAGCCGUGAAUGCCCUCCCUGACAUCUACACAGAAAUAACCAUCUCCUUCUUCUUACUGAGGCGACUCCUGGGGGUCAAAACUGAGGGGGACAAGAAGGGAGCAAAGGUACAAAAGCUGUCAAAGAAUGAGGUGUUGAUGGUGAACAUUGGUUCCCUGUCUACUGGGGGGCGUGUCAUCGCAGUGAAGGCUGAUUUGGCCAAGGUUGGAUUAACUAACCCUGUGUGUACGGAGAUCGGAGAGAAAAUCGCACUCAGCAGACGUGUGGAGAAGCAUUGGAGAUUGAUUGGCUGGGGGCAGAUUCGUCAAGGAAUUAAAGUUAAUCCUAUUGGACAGGACGAUUGAAAUGGAACUCUUUUUU